AUGCAGAAUCAAGACGUUACUGAGAGUAUAUCUUUGGGAUUUAUCAGGAUUCAUCCAGAGGCCAAAAUCUUUUCACUACGAGAGGAAAUUGAGAACCAGCUGGACUCUCCGAAUUUACCUGAGGAAUAUGCUUUUCUGAAAAGUGUAGGAAGGUGCUUGACAAAGGUGAAACAACAUCAAGAAUAUCAAUUGAAAGCCAAACAUUUUCUCCCCCAUUUUAAUUCUACCAAAAGCUAUGGAUCCGAACUUUAUCUUUUAGACACCUCCAUGAUGGAAACUGCAAGUAAUUCUGACAGAAAUUCCAGUCAAGCAACAACAGAAAAUCCCAAAUCAGAAACGAGAUCUUAUGAGAGAGAGAUCACACCAAAGUUUAACCAUGGACAUAAAACUAAGAAUGGAAUCAACAGCCACAAUGACGAACUACCAUAUUUAGAAAAGCAGGAAAACCCAUCACACACACCCUACCAAACAUAUCGUCACCAGACGCCAGUAUCAUUUAAGCAAAAUAUUUAUUCUGAGUUGUCUUUCCAAAAUGCUUUGAAACAACCUCCAAAUUCCGAGUACUCUCCUGAAGAAAUUGGAAAUCUCUUACCCGGGAAAUCGUACAGUACAUCCCCACCAACUUCUCCUCAUUCUAAACCUCAUUCUGUUACGAAGAACUCAAUGAGGAGAUCGUCCCCCUUGGGAAUUUCACCAGUAACGUCCCUCCCUUUAGUACGAUCACCUUACUCUAGUCGAAGGUUGAUCAAUGGAAGACAAGGGGAUCAUUAUUCUGAUUCGCAAUUGUCAGAAUUUUCAAUCGCGCCAAGACAGAAAAAUUUUUAUAUGGACUACACUGGAAGACAGUCUCAGGAAGGGAGAGAAGUGAAACGUGUUGGCCGAGAUGAACACCAGCUUCCCCUGGCAAGUGAAGUAGAAUUAAAACAGCAAAGGCAGGAAGAGCGUGCAGCACGGCAGAGGCAGGAGGAAGAGAAACGACAAAGAGAGCGUCAAGCUCGAGAACAGCUGGAACAUGAGCAGAAAGAGCAGGAAGAGUGGCUGAGGGCUGAAAGGCAGCGGAAGCAAGAAGAAUUGGCAGCAGAGCAGGAGGAAGUUGCAGCCAAAGAAGCAGCAGCAGCUGCUGCAAGGAAUAAGGCAGUUGAGGCUGCAGCAGCAGCAGCCCAGAUGAUGCCUGUAGAGCCUAACUUACCUAACAACACAGAAACAAAAGAACUGGAAGUCACAAAAAACAAAAGAAAAGAAGAAAGCGAACGACUCUUGCAAGAAUUGGAAUCUGUUCGAGAACAACGACGUGCAAAAGAACGACAGAGGGAAGAAUUAGUAAAACGUGCCAAAGUUCUUCAAGCGAGGUCACAGAAUAAAAGAAAUCAUGCCCGAGAUAUCUGGAAGAAGAAAUACUAUGAAGAGAAGAAGAAAACGACUCCACUUGAAGAACAGUGUAAUAAAUUACGUCAGGAACUAGAAAGCAUGCACCGAAAAUUCAUAGCAUCUUUGGAUCCUCCAAAAGAAAAACCAGCCAGAGUUUCAACAAAGAAACCCUCAGAAAAGAAUAACAUUCUAAUACAAGCGACCCGUUUGAAACAUGCGACUGAUGAUCUCCAUCAACGUGUGGAAAAUGCCAAGAUGAAACUGACUGCAGAAUUGAAACUUCGUAAUCAAGCAGAAGUUGAACUUCGAACCCUGAAAGCAGAAUUAAUCCAACAAAAAAUCAAUUUAAAUUUGUUACGUAAGCAACAGAUCACCAGUGUCGUCCAUCAUCAGGGAAAUUUGGCACCUUCUUCCACAGUCACACCAAGAGAAAAUCCUCCAUCCGUCAGACAGCCCCCAGGAAUGUACACACCAAGACGACAGAUUCCACAUAUUUGA